AUGGCUGCUGUCUCAGUCUCAUCGUCGGCUGUCAAGGCUGCAGCUGGUUUUUCCGCGGCUGAGCUUCGGACCUCGUUCUUGAAGCCAGUUGUGUCGUUUGUUCAAGCCAAGAAGCCUGCUCGUUCCUUCUCAGCCGCAGCGGGACGUUGCGAGGCGUCCUCGAUUAGGAAGCAGGAUGUUUCGGCGAAAGCUCAAGCUGUGGAAGCUGAGACUGCAACGGCGACGAACAUCGCUGCAGAUGUGACCCAGCUGAUCGGCAGCACCCCCAUGGUGUACCUGAACAAGGUCGUCGACGGCUGCGUCGCCAACAUCGCAGCGAAGCUCGAAAUCAUGGAGCCCUGCUGCAGCGUCAAGGACAGAAUCGCAUACAGCAUGAUCAACGACGCUGAGGAGCGAGGCCUCAUCGAGGCGGGGAAGAGCGUGCUGGUGGAGCCGACGUCGGGCAACACGGGCAUCGGCUUGGCGUUCAUAGCAGCGGCGAGGGGCUACAAGCUCGUCCUCACCAUGCCCGCCUCCAUGAGCCUCGAGCGCCGCGUGCUGUUGCAGGCGUUUGGCGCGGAGCUCGUGCUCACGGACCCCGCCAAGGGCAUGAAGGGCGCUGUUGCCAAGGCGGAGGAGAUUGUGAAGGGCACCAAAGACGCGUACAUGCUGCAACAGUUCGAGAACCCCGCCAACCCCAAGGUGCACUUUGAGACGACCGGGCCUGAGAUCUGGGAGGACACGUGUGGCACUGUUGACUUCCUCGUCUCUGGCAUUGGCACGGGCGGCACUGUCACGGGCACAGGCCGGUACCUGCGCAGCCAGAACCCCAACGUUAAGCUGAUCGGAGUGGAGCCCAAGGAGAGCGCUGUUAUCUCAGGUGGAAAGCCAGGUCCUCACAAGAUCCAGGGCAUUGGGGCGGGCUUCAUUCCGGGGGUUCUGGAUGUGAGCCUUUUGGACGAAGUCAUUCAGGUCAGCAGCGAUGACUCAGUGGAGAUGGCCAAGCAGCUUGCUGUGAAGGAAGGGCUGCUGACGGGCAUUUCCUCUGGUGCAGCAGUGGUGGCAGCUAUUGAAGUCGCCAAGAGGCCUGAGAAUGCCGGCAAGCUUGUUGUGGUGGUUCUGCCCAGCUUCGGAGAGCGAUACCUGUCUUCAGUUCUCUUCUCUGACAUUAGAACCAAGGCUGAGGCAAUGACCCCCGAGGUGUAA